GAGAAGCGAACGUACAGGAGAAAUGUGGGUGACCUUAACGACGUCCUGUCCACCGCCACAGGGCGCAGCGCCCUCUUUGACUACAUGGGCUACGGGUGCUGGUGCGGUGUAGGGGGGUCGGGCAGCCCUGUUGACGCCACGGACAGCUGUUGCAAGACACACGACCAGUGCUACGACACGCUCAUUGCAUCCGGCUGUGUACCGUACUUCACCGGCUACGAUUACACGUGCAAGGACCGAAAGUGUACCUGUGAUUCGUCAACUCAGUCCUGCGCAGACAAAACAUGCAAGUGUGACGUCGAUUUGGCCAACUGCGCAGCUAAAAGCCCAUUUGACGAUUCCAAGAAACAUUACGACAAAUCCAAUUGUUGAUUUGUAAUCUGCAACAUGUUGAUGACGCAUGUAGUACGUAAAGUUAUAAGACAAAUAAAACCAAGUAUUUAGUUUAAUCUCUAAU